GUGGCCCGGGGGUAUAAAGCAGGCAGCCCCUCCCCUCGCCCAUCCCAAUCCAUCCCACCUACCCCCACCCACACCGGCACCUCCUCUGCCCUAGCAAUGGCGGCCGCUUCCUCCCUCCGGAACGCCCUUUUUCCACUCCUCCGCAAGCGCAUCGCCAUGGCGCGACGGAUGUCGACGACCGGCACCGGCACCGGGGCAGGGAUCACCGGCGGAGGCAGCGGGACCGGAGGGGCGGCCAACUCCGGCGGAGCCAGGACGACCGGAUCCGGCGGCGCGGCGACCGGCGGAGGCGGGGUGGCGACCGGCGGCGCGUCAAACUCCGGUGGGAGGAUGGCGGGCGGCGGCUCCGCGGGCAACUCAGGCGGCAGCGGAGGGGCGACGGGGCUGGAAGAGCUCAGGAGAGACGCAUUGAAGGAGACUGGGCGCCUGCUGGAUGUCUACAACAAGCUGUCAGACGUGGACACGAAGCUCCUUGAGGAGCUUGCGCGUUUGGAGAGGGAGAAUCUGAAGAACAGCGUGAGAGCCAAGGAGAAUCGGUCCUCCAUCACCUACGGGCUGCUGGGUUCCGGAGCGGCCGUCUUCCUCACCAUCUCAUCUUGGCUGGGCCAGUACAUCCAGGGGUGCGUGGUACAUGAUGCGGCCAAAGAGGUCGUGGAAAUGCAGAGACUUCGCAAGCUUGACGCGCUCAUCGAUGGCCUAGGUGAGGAGGGAGCUGCUGACAAGACUGCUGCGGCCAGCGCCAAUGUCGACACCAAAUGAUCGGAUCUCAUUCAAGCUCAGAGACUCGCCAUUCAACCCAAGAGCCCGCUGUUACUCUUUCGGCUUUUAUUUUGGUGGUUUGCUGUAAUGGCCCACAUGCUGUUACUCCUAUGUAUUGUUACUUCUGAAUUCGCAGCUGGCUGUAAUGCCACAACCAAAUCUUCUUAAGACUUGACAUGCAUGAAUGUAUGUGACUGGAUAGGAUGCCCCCAUGCACCUAUCUUGUUAAGACUUAUUCAUCGUAAUCUGCUCUA